UUCAUCUGUAAACAUUGAAAACACUCCUAUAUUCUGAAAAUGACUUGCAAAUUAAUCUCUGCUGUUAUUCUGAUCGUCUGCCUUGGGGCCGCCGUCGCACAACAUCAUCUUCACGAGGAGGAACACCAUGGGCCAGUUCAGUACGAGUUCCACUAUGAUGUCCAUGAUGACCACACCGGAGAUGUUCAUGGGCGUAAGGAAGCUCGCAAGGAAGAUCAGACACAGGGAGAGUACUAUUUGAUCGAUGCUGAUGGCUACAAGCGUACCGUUACUUAUCACGUCGAUGGCAAGAGCGGAUUCAUUGCUGAAGUUCAUCGCGAGCCAAUCAAGGGACAUCAGGCUCCUCAACAAGUGCAUAAAGUUUUGGCAGCUCCUAUCCAUAAGGUUUUGGCUGUUCCUGUUCAUCACGAGCAUCAUUACUAG